AGAAGACAUUGCUGAAAGUGGCAGCAGAGGAGCCUUGGUGUGUCGGAAGGUGUGGCAUUGCCGGAUCGGUCAUUGUCAUCCAGAAUCGUGGGACACAUCCAUCACUGGCUCCUUUUUGGAGAGAAAUCUGCAUAGAUCACAUGACCACAGCAGUGGGGAUGGAAGAGGAUCAGGGUCACAUGACCGAGAGGAUACUAAACCUCACCUUGGAGAUCAUCUACCUGCUUAUUGGAGAGAGUUUUCCUCCUGUGAAGUCUGGAGAUCAUAUGACCAUCAAAUUGCCUCCACCUCACUCCCUGACACCUGAGAUAAAAUGCAAUAAGAAGAUUCUAGAAGUCACCAAGAAGAUGAUGGAGCUGCUGACAGGAGAGGUUCCUAUAAGGUGUCAGGAUGUCACUAAGAGAUAA